GCCUCCAGGGCCUGUGCUGGGGACGGCCGGCCGGCGCCUGGGACCCGGAGGGACUCUGGUGCCGGGACAGCAUGUGACACUGCCCAGGAUUCAGCCCCGAUGGAGGCUGCGGAGCCCCGGAGUGGAGCACCGGCUCCCAUUCCUGCUGUAGCAGAAUUCAGUGUUAUCCCUGAAGCUCUCGUGAGAAGCAGCCAGCCCCCUGCCGUGGGGCCCAAAGCUCAAGAAGGCCGGGACCCACCCUAUACGUGGGCAGAGGAAAGCAGACUCUGGGAGACCCAGCAGAGAGAUUUAAGAGAUGUGAAUGAUUGUGCAACUGAGAGUAUGACCUCUUUCCCCAAGGAGGCCCCUUUGGAUGUGGAGACCAAGCAGGAAAACCUUAUGGCCGAGGCCUGGGACACCCCAGAGUGCCAGAAAGCAGUGCCCGCGAGCCUGGCAGACAGACAGGCAAGGACACCAGCUCCUCCAGAGCACUGGGCCUGCCCUGUCCAGGGUAAACAUCUGAACAUGACCCCACUAUGCAGUGAACUGCGCAGCAGAUUGGAGGUGGAACUCAGACCAGAAUUCCCUUCUUUGACGUUGGGGACUGGACAAGCAGCAGAGAAAGAGGAAGCUUCUCCAGAUGCCUCUGCUCGAGCCAGAUGUUCAUCUUCCUGUGAAGAGCACUUUGUAGAGACCGACUCCCUGCAGGACUCUGAAAGUGGGACUGCCAGGCAGGGCGAGGAGCUGCAGGAAAGUCGAGGGAAAGAAAGGCUUGUGUGUCCCCAGGAGGCCAAGGGGCUGGAGUUGCAGGGACAAGAAGAGGGGGAAGUCCUGGGGGAGGCUGUGUGUUCUGAGGGGCUUCUAGGGGAGCAGGAACAGAUGGGGGAACAGGUUAAUGGUACACAGGGAGGACAGAGGCAAAAACAGGGACAGAUGCAAGAUGAUAUGGUGCUUGCAAAACAAGGAGAAAGGGAGGAGCCUAAUGAGGAAUCAGGAGGUGUGAAUUGUGAUGAGUGGGAGGGGAGGACUCAGGGCCAGGAAGAUCUGGAAGUGGGUGAACAGAGGAAGAGGGAGUUGAAGGGGCCUGAGGAGAGUAGGAUGGGUGCUCAGUACCAGGAGUAUCAAAGCUUAGCCAGGUGGUCAGUGAACGUACCUGGAAGGCAAGAACAUCAAAGUCUGCCAGGGACACUGAUGCCAGAGGAGGAGGAAGAGGAGGCAGAAGGUUGGGAUGGGGCCACACUGGGGGGAGUGGGAAGAGAGAGGAUUGCAGAGGAGGAGGAAGAGCAUGAUGGUCUUCCCACACUGGCCCCCAAGGUUUAUUCUCCCUGUGACUUGUUCCCAGAUGCUUGUAAUGCCAGGAUUCCUGGUUCUCAGACAGAGUUUAGGGCUGAGGAGCUUUGUCCCAUAGCUCAGACUCCUACCCUGGAGCCAAUAGGAUGUUCCUGUCAGUCCAAUCCUUCACCUCGCUUCUUUCCUGCUGGGGGGCCACCUGCUCAAGAAAUAGCUCAGGACCCCCAGCCAGAGGGUUCCCAGUUGGGGACAGGGACAGCAUCCAGUGGGAGGCCCCAGGUGGCCUCUGCUGGUGCACCUGAGACUUCUCCAAACUCACCAGACUCAGCUCCCUCCACAUUUGCUGAAGUCUCCCCCAGCGGAGCCGCCUUGCUGGCUGCCAGCCCCCCAAUUGCCAUCCCCAGGACAAAGGCCUCUCUGGCUGCAUAUUCUCCAGAAACUACCAGAACCUCUUUCUCCACCGACAUCCCAUCUGCCUGUGGGGCUUCUGAGACUCUCCUGGCGGCCCUCCCCGGCUCUCCCUCUGCAGAGGCUACCGUGGACCCACAAGGAAGCUCCAAUGGGGCCAUUCCUCAGAGCCCCCUAGCUGACUUCACAGGGGCCAUCCAGCACCUAUUGAGCAACUCUUUCCCGGGCUCUCACAGGACACAGCUGGCUCCGGACCUGGUGGGACGAUCACUUUCCUUCUCUCAUUCAGAGUUGCCUCAGAGACCUCCCAAACCUGCCAUCCAUGGCUCUGUGAACCCAAGAAGGGACAGGAAAAGCAGUAGGGACUGCAGCGUUAUUCCAGAAUUCCCUAGUUCAUUGUCCACUCUGGGGCAUGACUCUGGAGACUUUACCUCUGAUUCACACAGGCCCAGCAGUCCCCACGGCAGCCAGCCAUGGGGCUCCCCACAUAAUUCAGCCUUUGCCCCAGGGUCUCCUAUAUAUGGCUCUUCACCUGUCUUCAUAGAUACCAGGCUGCAUGAACCUCCACCUCCUGCUCCUCCAAAGAAGAGGCAUGUCCACACCUCCGAGGUGGAGAGAGAUGGCCAUCUCAGUGCAGCGGUCCCCACACUGAGGCACUGUAGCUACCCUCCAUUGGCCCUAAGUUCAGGGCUAUGUGGCCCCCCCAAAGUUCCACUUCCUGAAAUUCCUGACCCCCAUGUGGCAAGGCAGUACCGACCUCUGCCCUCUACCCCAGAUGAUUCCCACCAUAGUCGGACUUCUUCCUCCCCAAGGCUGAGAUACAACAAGCCAUUACCCCCAACUCCUGAUUUGUUUCAGCCCCACCAUUCUCCCGUUUCUCAUAAUAGUCCAAGGAUCUACAGGCCUCUACCCCCUGUUCCUGUCAUAAAUCCCCUCACUGAACCACCACCAUUACCCCCAAAGGCCAGAGGGAGGAACAAGAGCAUUCAGCAGGCACUCAUGAAUUCAGGGGGUCAAGCCAAGCCCAGGCCUGUUGGUCAAGAGUGGGCAGUCUCCAGUCCCCACUCUGGAGGACGUACUUCCUGGCCCCCAGCCAUGGGCAGAUCAACAGACUCUUUGGCUUCCACCAGUAGGAGAAAGAGUGAAGUAUCCCCUGACAUAGCUUUCAGCAACAUGACGAGCCUUCCAAGUCCCUCUUCCCCAAACACCCCCUGGACUAUGGGUCUCCAGGAACCCACCUCUGAACCAGGGCUCUCAGAAGAGUCAGAGGCCCCUGCCAAAGGAUCUUUAAGAAGAACAGACCCUCAGGAAGGAGCCAGUGGCCUGAGGAGGUCGGCUAUAGGUCGAGCAAGGCAGCCUGAAAAACCCAGCCAUCCCCACCUGGAGAAGGCAUCCAGCUGGCCCCACAGGCGGGACACAGGGAGACCACCGCAGGGCAGUGGUGAACAGGCUGCCAUCUCUGGUGAGGACUCCAGUAAGCACAAGGGCUGGCAUCGGCAAGGCCUGCGCAGACCUUCCAUCUUACCUGAGGGCUCUUCAGAUACAAGAGGCCCAGCCACGGAAAAGCCCCCUGGCCCUUCAGACUCCAUUGUUUUUCGGGAGAAAAAGCCAAAGGAGGUGAUGGGAGGCUUUUCAAGACGCUGCUCAAAGCUCAUCAACUCCUCCCAGCUGCUUUACCAGGAGUACAGCGAUGUGGUUCUGAACAAGGAGAUUCAGAGCCAGCAGCGGCUGGACAGCUUGGCAGAGGCCUCUGGGCCCGCCUCCCCCCGGCAGCCCCGAAAGGUCCUGGUGUCCUCAGAGUCUUACCUGCAGCGCCUCUCCAUGGCCUCCAGGAGCUCCCUCUGGCAGGAGAUCCCUGUGGUGCGCAAUAGCACUGUGCUGCUCUCCAUGACCCAUGAAGACCAAAAACUGCAAGAGUACCACCUCCACUACCACCACCACCACCACCUCCACCAUCACCACACACUCGUGCAUCCCAAGCUGUCAGCCAUCUCCACUCCAACGGACUUCAAUUGCUCUCUGAAGAUCAUCACCCACCUGCCUCUCCACUUCCUUAUGCCAUGGCCAUUUACUGCUACCUGGUGUUGGUUCAGACUCAUACAAAGUGGCCAGGCCAAAUUUGAGCUGAUUGUGUCAGAGGCCUCCUACCUGCGCAGCCUGAACAUAGCUGUGGAUCACUUCCAGCAUUCACCCCAGCUCCGGGCCAUCCUUUCCAACCAAGACCAGCAGUGGCUCUUCUCUCGUCUACAGGACGUGCGUGAUGUCAGUGCCACGUUCCUUUCAGACUUGGAGGAGAACUUUGAGAACAACAUCUUCACCUUCCACGUGUGUGAUGUAGUCCUGAACCAUGCCUCCCACUUCCGCCGGGUCUACCUGCCUUAUGUCACCAACCAGACCUACCAGGAACGCACCUUCCAAACUCUGCUGAGCACCAACAGCAGCUUCCGUGAGGUCCUAGAGAGGCUGGAGAGCGACCCUGUCUGCCAGCGCCUGUCCCUCAAGUCCUUUCUGAUCCUGCCAUUCCAGCGCAUCACCCGUCUCAAACUGCUGCUCCAGAACAUUCUGAAGAGAACACAGCCUGGCUCCUCAGAGGAAGCAGAGGCCACGAAGGCGCACCAUGCUCUGGAGGAGCUGAUCCGGGACUGCAAUAACAACGUCCAGAGAAUGCGCCGGACGGAGGAGCUCAUCUACCUGAGCCAGAAGAUUGAGUUUGAAUGCAAGAUAUUCCCGCUCAUUUCACAGUCACGCUGGCUGGUGAAGAGUGGCGAGCUGGCUGCCCUGGAGUCCAGUGUCUCCCCAGGGCUGCGAAGGAAACUGAACACACGUCCAGUCCACCUGCAUCUCUUCAAUGACUGUCUCUUGCUGUCUCGGCCCCGAGAGUCAGUGAUUGGAAUGGGAGGACAGACCACAAGAGGAAAAUGGGAGAGGGGUGGCCGAUUCCUGGUGUUUGACCAUGCUCCCUUCUCCUCUAUUCGGGGGGAAAAGUGUGAAAUGAAGCUACAUGGACCUCACAAAAACCUCUUCCGACUCUUCCUGCUGCACAACACGCAGGGCACCCAGGCCGAGUUCCUCUUCAGCACGGAGACUCAAAGUGAAAAGCUUCGAUGGAUCUCUGCCUUGGCCAUGCCAAGAGAGGAGUUGGACCUUCUGGAGUGUUAUGAUUCCCCACAAGUGCAGUGCCUUCGAGCCUACAAACCCCGAGAGAAUGAUGAGUUGGCUUUGGAGAAAGCAGACGUGGUGAUGGUGACUCAACAAAGCAGUGAUGGCUGGCUGGAGGGCAUGAGACUCUCAGAUGGGGAGCGAGGCUGGUUUCCUGUGCAUCAGGUGGAGUUCAUUUCCAACCCGGAGGUUCGUGCACGGAACCUGAAGGAAGCCCAGCGAGUCAAGACGGCCAAACUACAGCUGGUAGAACAACAGACCUAGCUAUUCUCUGGAAGGACUCCCCUGAGCUUAAGGACAAGUUGUUCUUGGAGAGGGCUGGCCCUACAACCCUGCAACAGAGGCCUUCUGUGGACCAAGAACUAGACCUUCUGAGAGCCCAAGAACAAAAUCCAACUACC